GGAGAGUAGAAGGAAGGACGUAAAAUGGAGUGCGACUAAAGUUCACAUGCCGCUAGUCAUUACAUGGAUUAUCAAUCAUCACGUUGCAAUCUGUCCAGUUUUUAUAUGUCUUACCGUUUACGUCGUAAUAAAAUUGUCGUAAACAUAUAACAAUAAAAUAAGAUUGAAUAUUGCUUUAUCUCCGUGAAAGUGUUGCAUAACGUAUUUUGUAUAUUUUACAUUGUGUUAUCUAUAAGUUGUUUAUGUCAUUCAAAAUACCUUAUCAGAUGAUCAUGUUUAUCUUUCACAAGUACCUUAAACAAGUCGAAAGUGCUUGUCACCAAUGACCGGUUACGAAUGACAAUUGUACGUCGCAAUCAACGUGACACACAAUUUAUUGAUGACGAUUAAACGAGCGAUUUUUAAUUAUGCAAAAACUGCUGAAUAACCGUGUGUUGCCAUAUUUAAUAUCAACAAAUUGUAAGAUUUGUUGUAACGGCUGCUCAUUCACGAAAGAUUGCGAAAAUUUUAGUUUCGUGAGAGGAAAACGCGCGAUGUCCACCGCCAGUAACUUGAUAAAAGAUUUGCCGAAGGGACCACUGGACGCUUAUAGGAAACGAGCGACAUUCGACUGGAAGUCGUUCAAGUUAUCUUUCAUCGGAGAAGAGGGCAUACGAUAUCAGACAAAAUUAUGGGAACUUUUCGAAACUCAUCCAGUGUUUCGAAAGUUGACAUGGCCAAAGAAUUUGGAUGAAAUUCGGAGACAGUGCAACGGUCAGAUACAAGUGCUUCGCAAGAGUGGCAUAGAUCCAACCUUAGAUCUUCAACAUUAUCUUAAUAUUUAUCAAUAUGAUGGAUCGAUACCGGUAAAAAUGGGAGUAAUGUUUGGUAUGGUACCAAAUACCGUGAUGGCACUGGGUACCAACCAACAUCAACAUCUUAUAGAAGAAUUUAUCAAUGGAAAUUAUAUUGGCUGCUUUGCACUGACUGAAAUUGCUCAUGGAACCAAUGCAAAAGGCAUGCGAACCAGAGCAACAUAUGACGUAGCAACGAAAAGCUUUAUCCUUCACUCACCCGAUUUUGAAGCUGCAAAAUGCUGGGCAGGUGGUUUAGGAAAAAGCGCCACACACGCCCUGAUAUUUGCACAGCUAAUUACACCGGACGGCGUGAAGCGUGGCUUGCACGUUUUCGUCGUGCCAAUUCGCAAUUUAAACACUCAUCUGCCUUUUCCCGGUGUCACCGUUGGCGAUAUGGGUGAAAAGAUAGCCCUUAACGGAAUAGACAAUGGAUUCAUAAUGUUUGACAAUUACUCGAUACCGCGUAGCUGCCUGUUAAAUCGCACCGCGGAUGUCACCGAAGAUGGAAAGUACGUUCUCGCUCUAAAGGAUGAACGAAAAAGAUAUGGCUCGUCGUUGGGAGCACUUUCAGGGGGCCGUGUCACCAUUACCGGGAUAUGCGCGCAAUACAUGAUCACUGCACUAACUAUUGCCAUACGUUACUGUGCAGUGAGGAAGCAGUUUGGCCCUACCGAGGAUAACGAAUUGCCAGUUAUAGAAUAUCAGACGCAACAAUGGCGAAUCAUUCCCCAUUUAGCUGAAAUGUAUGCAAUAAAAAUAUUUUCUCUUGAUUUGUAUGAUAUGAUGUUUAAUCUUCACAUGAGUCGUCUCAUGGAAAACGAGGAUGAAGACUUGAUCGCCGAUAAAGGAAUGGAGAUACACGCGUUAUCUUCCGCAGCGAAACCAGCAUGUUCGUGGAUUGCCCGUGACGCGAUUCAGAAUUGCAGAGAAUCUUGCGGCGGGCAUGGUUACUUAAAAAUGUCUCGUUUGGGUGAUUUAAGAGCUGAAAACGACGCAAACUGUACAUAUGAGGGCGAAAACAACGUACUUAUUCAGCAAGCGAGUAAUUGGUUGUUAAAUCAAUGGGCUAAUGCGAUUAAAGGACAGCCCGUGCCAUCUCCGCUUAAUUCCGCGGGUUUUCUUGCGAACGCGGAACAAAUUCUUAAGGCCAAAUUUAAUUCAACUACAGUGGGAGAUGCAUUGAAGCCUGAAAAUUUGCUUCUAACUUUCAAAUGGCUAGUUUGUUAUUAUUUGAAAAAGACACACCAACGUGUAAUGGAACUCAAAUCAAGCGGAAUGUCCGAUUUUGAUGUAAAAAACAAUGCCCAAACGUUUUUAGCGCGAACCUUGUCUCUUGUAUAUGCGGAGCACGCUAUAAUGCAAUCCUUUGUCAAAUGUUUACAAUAUCCAAAAUGGAAAGCAAACGAAAGAGAGGCACUGACAAAAUUGUGUUCUUUAUUCGGAGCGGUAACGCUGGAGAAGAGAUUGGGAGAUUUGUACGGCGGUGGUUUUGCCUCUUCUAACAGUAAUCUAGACGGUUUUUUGCGAGAAGGAAUUAUAAUGCUGUGCAGAGACUUAGUCGACAAUGCUGUUGCGUUAGUUGACGUAGUGGCACCGUCAGACUUCGUUCUUAAUUCUCCUCUAGGAAUGUCAGAUGGCGAGGUAUACAAGCACAUAAAAGAGUGGAUAUUUAAAAACGAAGAGAACUUGAAGCGCUCACCAUGGUGGAAUGAAAUCCGAUCUAAAUUGUAAUACUACGAGUCCGAG